AUGCAGCCCCCUACCAUAAUUCACAAGCAACAACAAUCGCGACGCUGCAACAACAAUCGCAGCACCACCCACACCAUGUCAACAUCACAACAGCAGCAGCAGGCAGCCGAGCCCGACUCGUACUUUGAGCGCGAGCGUCAGAAGCUCAUCCAGGAGAUCUCGAGCGGCUUCGAGGACCUCCUCACCCACACCAACGUGCUCAACCGUACGCUGGAGGAGGUGUACGGCGUCGGCAAGGACUUCAACACUGUCGCCGAGCUGUGGGGCCAGUUCCAGAAGAUGGCGCAGACGAAGCAGGAGCCGACUUCCGAGACGGGCGUGCCGGGCACGGGAGGGCGCAACUUUGGAGCCAGCGUCGCGCGAUAGCUGCGCCUUGAUGGCUUUCCCCGCGCGCGCCGAGCGCAGCGU